AUGUCGAAGUGUCACGUUCCGAAGUGCAACAGUAAGAUUAGUCAUAAUAAAACUAAUCCACCGAUUUCUGGUGAUCCACUAACAUUCCAUCGGUUUCCGUCGAAUGAAGCGCUGAAAAAACAGUGGUUGAAAUUUCUGGGACAGAACCUGAAAACAAAUACCCAUAAUUUGUUUAUUUGUUGCAAGCACUUCAAUGUAUCGGAUUUCAUUGAACCUACUCUUCCAAUAUCGCCGAAACAGCGGAGGCGGCUUAAGGCAGGAGCUGUUCCAAGCGUUCGAAAUCCUCAGAAUUCAAAAACAUCUAAACAUCAGCGAGGUCAGAAGAAUGUCAGCGCGCGCAUAGGAUUCGGUGGUCAAUCCGCGAGUCAAUGUGGUAACGACUCCGGUGUAUCUAUGGAUGAUUCUCUUCUCGAUGAUUCCGGACAUUAUUCCAGUGGAGGGUUUGCAUCAGAUGCGACGCCAGAAAUGACAUCAUGCGAAGCAAACGAGAUGAAAAUGCGGAUCCAAGAGCUAGAGGAACAGCUACGGAAGAGAGAUCAAACAAUAUCGGUUUUGCAGGAGCAAAAUAUUCAGGCAAAGAAACGCGUUGCUGAUUUGGAGAAGCUGAGUCUUGAUUUGAAAGACGUUCAAGAAAAUCAGAUUAUUGCAAAAUCUCGAGAAAUGUUGUCAUCGAAGUUGACCAAAAAUCAAACGGAUUUGUUGUUGGGCAUUAAAAAGAGAGUUAACUGGAGCAGUGAGGAGUUAUCCAGAGGAUUUUACUUUGCGAUUGUUCGGUUUGCCUGGUUAUGA